UUGCAUAACAGCUUCGGGCAUUGUUUGGUAAUCUUGUACGAAUAUAAAAUUUGUAUAUAUACUAUAGAUCCGAGUAAAAAUAUUGCUUAGCGGUUGGCUAUUUUUGGAAGCCAAAACGUUGCGUUGGAACACAAUCGAGUAGCUGGUGCUCGUAACACGGCCAGCAGGUGCCAGCGAGGCCAACGUCGGAAAAGCUCUCUUGCGUACAUACAUCAAUGGGAUUGCGUUAGCAGAAACACCACACAGUUAUUGGGGUUAGCAGCUUUUGUAUUGGGGGCUGCUGGUAUUUGCUGCGGUACGUACAAGUAUUUAUGGAAAUGACAUGAUUAUUUAUUUUUACCUCGCCUAAUCGGUUCGGGUUCAUAUAUGUGCUCGUUGCUCGCGCUUCGAUCGGCCGAGAGUUGAAAAGCAAAGGAUUUACAUAGAAAGCUGCUUAUGUUUAUAGUUUGUACAUGGCAAUUUGGUUCCGCCACUGUGCAGCCGCGUGCUCCCAAUUUCCAGUACUUUGAGCGUCCCAAAUACCGUUAUCCCUACUAUGACGAGAACGGACGUGGAAAACUACUUUAUGGCUACGGUGGUCCGGAUUUGUAUCAAUACAAGACUUACACUCCUCUGGAAGGCAUACAUUAGUCAAUUUUACCAACUUUAUUAGUUCUUAAUAAUAAUUUUAAGUUAUUUAAAUGUCAUAAGUUUGUUCCAUUUUAAUUUUACUUCACUGUUGCAUUACACUCAAAUAAACCUAUGAUAUAAAUUAAUGAAUCCACAUAAAAAAUUAAUCACUUUUUCUGUUU